AUGUCUCGAACUACUGACGAUGAAGAUCCUGGACGAAGACGACAGGGUGUGGUGUCAUCUGCACAACACCUUCCUUCUCCCCACUCCGACCCCAACACAGAUCCAGACGCAGACGGCAAAGGUGAUGCGGAUGUAGACGCAGAGUUGAGAGAAGCAGCUGAUGCUGCUGCUGACCACCGCAGUGCGUCUUCAGCUGGCAUGAAGGAGGAAGACAUAGAAGUUAGAGAGUAUCCCCCCUCUGGUUUCUCCGGUACCCCACAUGCACUCGGCAGCAUCGACAGAGCAUUGACGCUUUUCCCACUGCUCGGGGAUCUUCGGGCCAUCGCUUCGCCCGCUGUUUGGUGA